AUGGGAGCUGGGGCUAUCCUAGAGCCUCUGGUCGUAAUUGUCCUGCUCUUCGGAGGGACUUGGAUAAAUCGGUCUACCGCAGCUUUCUCUUCUGUGCGCAGAGUUCGUAGAUCCAGCACGUCUACACGUGCUUGUUCUCCAGACUCGCUGGAGUCGGGUUUAUCGUCGCCAACGGCAAAGGAUGCUCUGCUGAAUUCGCGAUCCCCGUCACCAACACUGGUACCACUCGACGACGCUCGAUGGCGCAAACGCCAGAUUCGGAUCCUCUCAUACACUUUUGAGGUCAAAUCACCAGAUACUGCCGUCUUUCAAGACCGUCUUCUCAGUCGCUUGCUCCGGAAGUUCCCGUUUCUGGUUGAGUGCUGGUAUUGGGCCUUAGUUUACUGGACAUAUCAACUGGGCCGUGCAUUCACCGCGGUCACCCUGCAAGAAGGAACCGUUGAUGUAGCAAGGAAGCACGCUCUUCAGAUCAUCCAAAUAGAGAAAAGCAUGCGCAUCUUCUGGGAGGUCUCAAUUCAGCGAUUUUUCCUUCGGCACAGUCAGCUGAUGUCCGUGAUCAACUGGGUGUACUCCUUCAUACAUAUUCCAGGCACUAUCGCCUUCCUCGUUUGGCUCUACUACUACACCACGACGCGAAACCGAGUCGAUGAAUCGCAGAUUGGAAAGCCCUUGGGUGCAGCGAAAGGAUCCCCUGCUGGCCCGCUGCUUUAUCAAGCCCGGCGCCGUACCCUCGCUGUUUGCAAUCUCCUCGCUUUCGUGGUCUUCACCCUCUGGCCCUGCAUGCCCCCUCGCCUCCUCAGUGACAAGAAUGUGAAAGGCCCCGACGGAGAGCUAGGACGUAGCUACGGCUUUGUCGAUACUGUGCAUGGUGUUAAUGGUGCUGGUAGCGUCUGGACUGAGAAUCGGUUCUGUAAUCAAUACGCUGCCAUGCCCUCGUUGCACUUUGGAUAUUCCCUGAUGAUUGGGCUUACAAUCAUGACUAUCCCAUUGCCGCCACACCAACGCCGGCCUGCUGUUCGCUCGCGCUUGUUGGCUCCCGUCAUGGCCCGUUUAGCCUGCUUGUUGGUCGGAUUUCUCUAUCCGUUCAUUAUAUUAGUCGCAAUCAUCGCCACGGCCAACCACUUCAUUCUCGAUGCUGUUGCAGGGACGGUCGUCUGCGUCCUAGGAUGGCGGUUCAAUGGCAUCUUAUUGAAUCUUCUGCCGUUGGAGGACUAUUUCCUCUGGCUAGUUCGCAUCCAUAAACCAGAGCCCACAGCGACGGACCGUGUCGACUACUGGGACGAUGACGAAGUACCGACUUAUCCUGCUCUUUACCGAUGA